CUCGCGCCGGUAAUGGUUCCACAACGGAGAACGAACGCUUGUGGUUUUUUGAAUAUUUGAGAAAAAAAGAAAUAAAAAGGUCUAAAUAAAAAUAAAAGUGGUCUAUGGAAAGGCUGCGGCGGCAACGAAUGUGUAAUAUAAACAAGUGAAAGUGUGGAAGAGAGCACAUUUGAAGAAAGCUUUCAAAAUAUGAAGCAACAAGCGGGAGUAUUUCAAAUACUUGACCACCAGUAGUUGUUAGUGUAAAAAUAUUUCAGUGCAAUUUUUCCCAAGCGACGAGCAGAAAAACAUUAAUCCACCAGCUGCUCUCAAGCGAGUCUAACUCUCAGCUUUUUUCGGGUUUUUGUUUAUUUUGAAGUGCGAAUGCGUGUACAUACAUCAUAUCAAUUAGUGUGGCAAUUAGCCGUUUAAUCAGCGCUUAGAUAGUGCACAGUAUUAAUUGCCACUGAUAACGGUAUAUAUGUAUGUACAUAUGUAUAUGGCUAUAAUCAUCAAUAUAUUUUCGGCAUGAAAUAAUUUUCAGUAGCAAAAAAAAAACGAAUUAUCUGUGAACGCGUAUUUAUGGAAGCUAGCAUGAUUCAUGGCAAAAGGCAUUCAAAGGCAGACUUUUGAAAUUCGACUAACAAGUGAUACAUCGUCUUUGAGAAAAAUAAUUAAUCACUAUAUAAUUAAUAAAGAAUAAUGUGAGCUGAAAUUUCUGAAAACCUUUCAAAUGCAUUGAAAUGCGUUGCUCAUACGCCCCACCCAACCAGCGGCAUACAUAUGAUAAAUUACCAACAGCAGCGAAGGCAUAAAAACUACAAAAAGUGAUUGAGUGUUAUCUAUAUUGGCUAUAGGCCACAGCAUACACCUGUAAUACCAGUUCAAAGAGUGAUUGCAAAUUAUUCAAGUAUUAUUUAAGCGCAACAGCGCCAACUAAUGAAAUGAAGCUAAUUUGUGCAAGUGCGUGAGUGUGGCUUAAACGUAAUUAAAUAAAAAUAGGUGCAUAAAAAAUACAAACAACAAAUUUUAUACGAAACAACAAUAACAACAAACAGUUUAAACGUCUAGCAAUCGACAGCAUGACCGAGAACCAGGAUAAACACGCCGUCAGCAGUGGCGACAGCACCGAAAUUGCCAGCAGUCACAAUAACAACGCACAAGGCCAGAGCACAACUGUCGGCGGUGAUGGCAACAACAUCAAACCGAAGGAUAAGAAAAAUGACAGCGAAACGACAGUCGCGCUGGCGGAUACGCAACAUGAAUGCGAAAAGGAUAAAGCGCCACAUGACAGAUGCGCUCACAAGGAUGAGUUCGGCACGCAACGUGUGUACAAGAAGACUUCACCCAACUGUGUGCUCACACUCUAUCUACCCUCGCGUGAGAUCACACUCUCGGGCAAUAAUCCGGCCAUAUUGCGUGGUAUAAUCUAUGUGGAUCCAAAGGCGAUACAAGGUUACAGGGUGUAUGCUCAAUUGACAUUGACAUUUCGUUACGGUCGCGAGGAUGAAGAAGUGAUGGGUUUUCGUUUCAGUAAUGAGGCUAUAACGUCGUUACAUCAAGUUUGGCCACGGAAUGAGGAGCCGGCGCGUGAGCCACUUAGUCCAUUGCAGGAAGCCUUAGUGAAACGCCUUGGCGUUGGUGCACACCCAUUCACACUCACCUUAACGCCACAAGCGCCGCCGAGCGUACAAUUAGUGCCGGCCAAACGUUACUACGGCGCACCGUUCGGCACCAGCUAUGAUGUGCGCUGCUUUAUAGGUAAGUGGAAAAUAUUAAAAACAGCAAACAAUAAUGAUGAGACCAGAAACAUGAAUAAUCUCACAAAUCCAAUCGACAACAAUCACUCGCUCACAAUACGACUGCCUGCUAUUGCCGGCGGCAUCGGGGCUGUCAGCGUUGGCGGCAUUAGUGGCGCACCACACAUUGUCUCGCCUGGUGGCGGCGGAGGCUGUACGGUCGGCGGUGGAUCACAGGGUGCGGUGGACAAGCCAUUUCUUUUGCAGGACGGACGUGUCGGCUUGCGGGCUAGCCUCGAUAAGGCUUGGUAUACACACGGUGAGGACGGUGCGCAAAGUGCGGUCAGCAUUGAUUUCAUAUUGAAUGUUGCGUAUAUGCCCGGUGAUGUGCGCAGUGUGUUCGCCAUUCAACAUAUCGACGUCUGCAUGCUCAACAAUGGCAAAUUCAAAAAUAUCGUCACCGACUCGGACACCAGCUCGCCCGUGGAUCACAUAGUAACUUCCGGUAGCACAUUAAACAACACAAUCACACUCAAGCCACAACGUAGUCAAACGAAAAAUUGGAUUGCGCUGGAAGACACGCUGCAGCACAACACUGAGGCCGUUGAGAUCACAGACAUCAUUGCUGCCUCGGCGUCCUCAUCCGCAGCCCUUGAUCACACCGAAUCGGGGGCCGAUGAGAACCGUCUGCCGAUACCGGAGACAGCCAUGCCAACUAUUGUUCCAGCUGCCACUGGAAAGCGUAAGUUAGUGCGAAGCGAGACUUUAGCGAAAAAUUUAGAUGACGAAAUCGAAGACCAAGUAGAGGCAGAAGUAAAUAAAGAUACUCAUUGUACCGAGGAGAGUUUGACUAAUGAAGGUGUGGACCUGGAACAAAUGUAUAUGGUGCAAAUAUACUCACAUGGAGCGGUGAGUACUGAGGAAGAAGCGUUGGUAUGCCAGCAAGAGGAGACAGAAAAAUAAGUGAAGGAAACUAUACAAUGGAAAAGCCAGAGGAUGAUAUGAAGCCACAAGGUGAACUAGAAAAUGAUGAUAAAGCUGCUGCUGUGGAGAUGGAAAAGGUGAAGCCGAUCGCGGUGAAGACUCCAAAAAUCGUUGAGCAGCACCUUCGUCUCUCCUAUGUGUGAUGCGGGUUUUUGCGUGGCGCCAUGAUUUUUAAAUGAGCACCAAUCUAUCGAUGAAGCUUAGUCGCCGAAAAAGAGCGCACAUGCAGACUACAAAAUGUAUUACAGUAUCUUUUGGCUAUCCACAAGGCUGCUAUUUCUUGUAGCUGAACCGCUGAGGGAGUCUUGGAUAUCGCCAGUGGUGGCGCUUUGUGUAGCAGAGAGUUGAAAGUGCGGUGUAUAUGUGAAUGUGGUUGCGCCUUUGCAGGAAUGUUGCCCGGUUCUUGAUACGUGAAAAUGGCUUGACGGAUGAAACUCGCCUUUAUCAAUAACACAUGUGGGACAUGUUUUCAUACAGUUCGAAAAAUCCUACAAAUGAGUUAGGAACGUAAUGCUUGAAGAGGGGCAAUGGUUUAGAGUAAUGGUAGUACUUUUAAUUUAUUUAAUGUAAUGUUAAAGUAAUGAAGAAAUUGUAUUGCCUAUUUAUUGAAAAAUGUGAUAAUUUAUUACCGUUAUUACGAAUUGGAGAUUGUAAAUUGUUAUUUUUAAAUAAAUAAAAAUUUGAGCUAAUUGAUUAA